AUGAACGAAGCACGUGAAAAUUUUCGCGACAAAGGGUACUCUGUUGACUUAAGCUCUUUGUUUCACCAGACCAAACGUCCAUGCGCCGAAGAUACUACAGUCGAGAAUGAUAUGAAGAUUACCGAUGAGUCCAGUGCAAACGCAAGUCCUCAAAACAAUUUGACAUUACCUUCGACCGUUGCUAGUCCGUGGCGUCUUCCAAGAAAUCAAACGCUGAUGGAAAUUCAGACAUAUCUCAAUGAGCAACUGCAGCACGUGAUGGCUUUAUCUUCAAUGUUUGGACCACGCUAUCAUGGUCCAGAGAAUGACACAAGACGGUAUCUUACGAGGGCGAAUGAUGCAAAAGAUGAUAUCGAGAAAGUUUGUACACUCGAUUUAACCGAGGUACGGAGUCUUACGGCUGUGGAAGCAAUGCAACAGACAGAGGAGCAGAUAAAGGCUGAAUGUGAAGUUAGAGAACUUAUGGACUUGGUGAGUUAUCUUCUUUAUGUGUUGAAUCGCGAGCUGGACCAUCAAAACCAAUUGAGUGAGAAUUUAAGCAGAGCUGAGAAAUUACUGGAGAGAAAAAACAAUAUUGUCCAGGCGCUGACUGCAGAUCUUAAGACUAUUAAACGAGAUCUGGCUUUGAGAGAAAAUUCAUACAGGGCAAAAGAACAAGAUUUUAUUGCUGAGAGAAAAUCGUUGCAGACAACGAAGAAAACACUAGAAAUGAGCUGCGCACGGUUGCAGGGCGUAGAGACAGCAUUUAAAGCGCACCUUAAAAGAAAAGACGUGGAAUAUUCGCGGCUCAGAAAAAAACUGGAGGACGUUAUUGUGCGUGCUGCUAAAGAGAAACAGGGUAUAGCAAUAACAAAGGUGCUUAAUGGAGCCCGCGAGCUGAAGAAAGCUUCAAGCGCUAAUUUAUCUAAGGAAAGCAUGCUUACAUGCCAAAUUUUAGAUAAUCUCGAGCGAAAGAAAGCUGAGCUUUUGCUGGACUACGAAGCUCUGGCAAAAAGCUAUGAUACAGUGCAGAACCAUUUGGCAUCAUUGACGUCGCAGUAUAAGAAAGCUGUCAGACUUUUUCUUGCUCAAAAAAAUUUUGUUGCUGAUGCUGAAGAGCUCAACAAACUAGCCAGUUCUCCAAUUGAUGACUUUGUUCCGACGCCAUUUAAUAUGGCUACGAAAAAUAGUAUCCCUGGCUAUAUUUUCGCAGCGAUGGAGGUCUUGCAGGAAAAGCUGAAGCAGCUAGAACACGUUAUUCGUAAUGAAGUGCCAUAUGCCGAGGCAAAGAACGACAAAGAGGUUAUAAAACGAUUACAAGAAAAGCUGGACGACGCACACAGCAUUAUUAACGAUCAAGAUCAGCUACUGCAAGCAUCUUUGAUACCGCACGCUCCGAAUACUAAAGUUUGCGACGGAAAAAUCCAAUAUGGGGCAAAAUGGGUUGAAUUGAAGAAUGCUACCUUUGAAGGCAGUAUUAGAAGCUCCCCUGAUGCAGUUAUUGAAGAAGAGGUGAAACAGGAAAAAUAUGAGCUAGCAUUGAUCCGUCAAAAUUUGGAGAAGGAACGUCAACUUUUGCAAGAGCAAGCUGUUAAACUUGACAAGGACCGUUUAGAAUUUGAGAUCACCAAACGUGAUCAAUUUUUUGGGUACUCAAGAGAUGCUGCUCUGCCUCAAAACUGUGAGCAGACAUCGCCAUCCCUGAACCAUGGCGCAAGAUCCUCACUGAAGCGACAACGUCGAGCGCAGCACUUAGAAGUCGAAAAUUCACACUCUUCUUUUGACAUACCAAUUUCUGCUACACCAGACACAGCGGCUUUGCUCCAAAAAAUCGGAGUCAAUGUCCCCAUUGAAAAGUCGUUCGCCCUAUCUGCCAAGCAUUUCGGUGCUGUCUGUGUUUGUGUUUGGUCGCACGAUUGCAAACUCAACGGCAUGAUAACAAAUCCAACGCGAAUGACUUUUUGUGGACUGUCGAGUUUUUUUAAGACUGAGAACUGGCGACUACUUUGGAUUCUCCAGUCGGAUGGGUACAGGGCUGGUCAGAUUGGCAAGGAAAGGGCAAGCAAUCAGGUUAACAGCAUAGACGAGACGACUUCCCAUCUGGCGCUGCAAUCAGGAGCCACUUUCGAUUCCCUCAAAUUGGCAGCAAUCACGGCAACGGAUAAGAUGACCUUUUGUGUCGGGAAAGAGGACGCUAUGGAAUGGUGGGAUGACAGAUGUGAGGCUGAAAUGGACGAAAAGGACCCUCUUUAUGACACUUUUGAUGAAGAAACUGAGUCACUGGCCAUUUCGUUCUCAAUGAAGUCGCAGCAGGACUUGUCACGAGAAUUCUUGUGGAAUGGCACGAGCGAGAAAGAUAGAGGCCAGGAAGCUAGCGCACUGCAGCUCAUGUUGCCGCCUAUUCAGGUUGAUACAUGUGCUAAUUGCAGCUUACAGUGGAACCUCAUCUCACCAUGCUCCGAUUCUGCGUCGCCGUGUCCUUCAGUGACGGCAACGUUCGCCAGCGCAUCACAUUUGUCUCCUGAAAGCCACUCAUGGAUCUCCAAGGACGAGCUCGAAAGCAUAAAUGCGAGAGUUAUAGCAGCGAAGGAGGUCGCAAACGAACAAGCUUCCGUAAAGAGUGACGAGGGGGGGGCAGAAGAGCCGAUACCGUGCCAGUCUGACACUGAAAUCUCAUUACCUGUGAAUAAAACAUUAGCAAAACCGCAUACGACCAAUAGUGCAGUCGGGUCAAGUGACACAUACAUUGAGCUAGCAAACGAUACAAGCGAUAUCAAUGACGAAGCUGAUUUCCAGGUCUCAGCACGACAAUCGAGUCUGUCUUCCCAUGAAACGAUAAAUGCAGAUUGGAGACGACAGAAUGUUCGGACCUGUCCAUUUUCAUGUGUAAGGACUGCUGGGAUGCCAGUUGCACUACCGCAUGUUACUUCUAGGCUUCAAAACGAAAGCGUUGGUCAUGAAGACAACGGUGACUUUUCCAGUGAUGACGAGGAUUUCAUACCUGAGCUUCAUUGUCAUCGUGCGUCGGAAGCGAAACCUUUUGUAACUUGUCGAUGGCGACGAAUGAAAAACGGUACGCCUACAAAUAAUCGAUUAAGCAUGAGCUUUAAGAGUCAAGCAAUGAUGACGAAGCGCUUACUGGAGGCAAAAAGCAAAUUAAACAGCGGGAUUCGCCUAUUGCGCUCGGGCUUAAUUGCAUCCACCGUUGAAAGUGAAAAGAGCCACCUAGAUAGUUUUGUCUGCGAAGAAAUUAAAAGCGUAUGGGAUGGCCAGCAUCAAGAACUUACCUCUUUAUCCGACAUCUUAACACAACCAAGGUUUAAAGAUACUGCUGGCGGCUGUAGUAUGGACCCUGUCACAGCACCUCUUCCCCCAACUCGCAAACAGCAAGUGCGUGCUAGUGUAAUCAAGGCUGCAAAGCUCGUUAAUGAUGCGUCGGCGAAGGCUGCACGCAAGCUUAAGUCGCGUAGUGAUCGUGCAGCACACCUCACGAGGCAAAAAUUUGCCAGUGAAACAGAAGAAGAGGAUAAUGAAUUGUUUAUUUCGUAA